AUGCCACCAACACUCAUCCUUGUCCGCCACGCUGAGGCCCUCCACAACGUCGAUAAUAAGUCUCACUUGACACAAUGCGGCUCCCUCCGCGAGCACUUUUUCAAGACUGAGGUGCCCAAUAAGUACCAAGUCAGCCUUAUCAUUGUUUCCCCCAUGCGCCGAACCAUCGAAACGGCCCUUCUUUCCUUCGGCAACUACGCCAAGGAGCACAACAUCCCCAUCAUCGCCAACGCUGGCUGGCAAGAGAACAGCGACAAGCCCUGCGACACGGGUUCAUCCAUCGAGGACCUUUCCAAAGAGUUCCCAGAGGUAGAUUUCUCAAGAGUCGACCAAGUCUGGCCGGAAAAGAACCGCAAUUCGGAAAAGGCCAAGAAGUACUGGUACACCAAGGAGUCGAUCAUGCAAAGAGGAGAGGACGUGUUGAAGGAGAUUGAGGCCAAGGUGUGGCCUGAGAUGGAGGACGGCAAGGCUGUUGUCGCUGUCAGUCAUUCGGGGUUCCUGAGGGCGGGAGUGACGGGGUGGUGGUUCAACAAUGCCGAUUAUCGCAUCUUUGAGUUUGAGGAGAGGGAGGUCAAGGAGGGCAGGCCGACGUUGAAGCAGAUCACGGGCGUGAAAGGCGGUAUGGGGGAGAGUUUCGAGACACCGGCAGGUCUUGGCGGGGAUUUGCCCGAGGCUGCGGUUGGAGGGUUGAGUGUUGGGUUGCCGUAA